AUGCCAGCUCCCGGAGCGGUUGUCGCUGACGUUUCACGGACGUUUCAGACGUGUCUCUCCAAAGGGUUGCAGAAGUGCAUUCGAUUCAACCCAGAUGCUACGGUGUGGGUUGCAAAGCAGCGGAUUCUGUGCUCGCUGAACCAGAGCCUGAAGGACGUCCUGAACUACGGGCUGUUCCAGCCGGCCAGUGACGGGCGCGACGGCAAGUUCCUGGAUGAGGAGCGGCUGCUGCGCGAGUACCCGCAGCCCACGGGCAAGGGCAUCCCGUCCCUGGAGUUUCGCUACAAGAAGCGGGUGUAUAGACAGACCAACCUAGACGAGAAACAGCUGGCCAAGCUGCACACGAAGACCAAUUUGAAAAAAUGCAUGGAUCACAUCCAGCAUCGGUCAGUGGAGAAAAUUGUCAAGAUGCUGGACCGAGGCCUGGAUCCGAAUUUCCACGACCUGGAGACCGGAGAGACUCCCCUGACCUUGGCUGCUCAGCUGGACGACCCCGUGGAGAUGAUCAAGGCCCUCCGGAACGGCGGGGCCCACCUGGACUUCCGCGCCAAGGAUGGCAUGACAGCCCUGCACAAAGCCGCCCGCACCAGGAACCUGCUGGCCCUGAAGACCCUCUUGGAGCUUGGCGCGUCCCCGGAUUACAAGGACAGCUACGGCCUGACCCCGCUGUAUCACACGGCAGUGGUCGGGGGCGACCCCUGCUGCUGUGAGCUGCUGCUCCACGAGCACGCGGCCGUGAGCUGCAAGGACGAGAACGGCUGGCAUGAGAUUCACCAGGCCUGCAGGUAUGGCCACGUACAGCAUCUGGAGCACCUGCUCUUCUACGGGGCCGACAUGGGGGCCCAGAACGCCUCGGGGAACACCGCCCUGCACGUCUGCGCCCUCUACAACCAGGACAGCUGUGCGCGCGUGCUUCUGUUUCGAGGUGGAGAUAAAGAACUGAAGAACUACAACAGCCAGACCCCGUUCCAGGUGGCAAUCAUCGCCGGCAACUUCGAGCUGGCCGAGUACAUCAAGAACCACAAGGAGACCGACAUCGUGCCCUUCCGAGAGGCCCCGGCGUACUCCAACCGCAGGCGGCGGCCCCCCAGCACGCUGGCCGCCCCCCGGCUCCUGCUGCGCUCCAAUAGCGACAACAACCUCAACGCCGGCGCGCCUGACUGGGCCGUCUGCGCGGCCGCCUCCCACCUCAGCCUCUCGCCCCAGCUGCUGCAGCAGACGCCCAGCAAGGCCGACGGGGCCGCCAAGACCCUCGGGAGCUACACCCCCGGGCCCCGUAGCCGGUCCCCCUCGCUCAACAGGCUGGGCGGAGCCGGCGAGGAUGCCAAGAGGCCCCGGCAGCCCUGGCACGUCGGCCCAGCUUUCCCGCCAGGAGCCAACAAGGACACGCUCUCCGCCUUCGAGUUCCCGGGGCCCAGACGGAAGCUGUACAGCGCGGUGCCCGGGAGGCUCUUCGUCGUCGUCAAGCCAUACCAACCCCAGGUCGAUGGCGAGAUCCCCCUGCACCGUGGCGACAGGGUCAAAGUGCUGAGCAUCGGCGAAGGUGGCUUCUGGGAAGGCAGCUCCCGCGGCCACAUCGGAUGGUUCCCCGCCGAGUGUGUGGAGGAGGUCCACUGCAAGCCCCGGGACAGCCAGGCAGAAACUCGUGCAGACCGCAGCAAGAAGCUCUUCCGGCACUAUACAGUCGGCUCCUACGACAGCUUCGAUGCCUCCAGCGACUGCGUUAUCGAGGAGAAGACCGUGGUCCUGCAGAAGAAAGACAAUGAGGGCUUCGGAUUCGUGCUCCGAGGGGCGAAAGCGGAUACGCCCAUCGAAGAAUUCACGCCCACGCCGGCAUUCCCGGCCCUGCAGUACCUGGAGUCUGUGGAUGAAGGCGGGGUGGCAUGGCAAGCCGGACUGAGGACCGGGGACUUCUUGAUUGAGGUGAACAACGAGAACGUCGUCAAGGUCGGCCACCGGCAGGUGGUGACCAUGAUCCGCCAGGGCGGGAACCACUUGGUCCUCAAGGUGGUCACGGUCACCAGGAGUCUGGACCCGGAUGACACCGCCCGGAAGAAAGCUCCUCCGCCUCCGAAGCGCGCUCCGACCACGGCCCUCACCCUUCGAUCCAAGUCCAUGACCUCGGAAUUGGAGGAGCUCGCCUCCGUCCGGAAGAAGAAGGAUAAACCCGAGGAGAUCGUACCGGCCUCCAAGCCAUCCCGGGCUGCUGAGAGCGUGGCGCUGGAGUCCAGGGUGGCCACCAUCAAGCAGCGGCCCACCAGCCGGUGCUUCCCCUCCGUCUCGGACAUGAACUCCAUGUACGAACGCCAGGGCAUCGCCGUGAUGACGCCCACCGUCCCCGGGAGCCCGAAGGGCCCGUUCCUGGGCCUCCCUCGAGGUACGAUGCGAAGGCAGAAGUCAAUAGACAGCAGAAUCUUUCUAUCAGGGAUAACGGAGGAGGAGCGUCAGUUUCUGGCCCCGCCCAUGCUCAAGUUCACCAGAAGCCUGUCCAUGCCGGACACCUCCGAGGACAUCCCGCCUCCGCCGCAGUCGGUGCCCCCGUCGCCGCCGCCACCCUCCCCCACCGCCUACAACUGCCCCAAGUCCCCGACCCCGCGGGUCUACGGGACGAUCAAGCCCGCCUUCAACCAGAACCCCAGCGCCAAGGUGUCCCCGGCCGCCCGCUCCGACACGGUGGCCACCAUGGUGCGGGAGAAGGCGCUCUACCACCGGCGGGAGGGCGACCGCUACUCCCUGGACUCGGAGGAUCUCUACAGUCGCGGCGCCGGGCCCCAGGCCAACUUCCGCGGCAAGAGGGGCCAGAUGCCCGAGAACCCGUACUCCGAGGUGGGGAAGAUCGCCAGCAAAGCCGUGUACGUGCCGGCGAAGCCCGCGCGGCGGAAGGGCAUGCUGGUGAAGCAGUCCAACGUGGAGGACAGCCCCGAGAAGACGUGCUCCAUCCCCAUCCCCACCAUCAUCGUCAAGGAGCCCUCCACCAGCAGCAGCGGCAAGAGCAGCCAGGGCAGCAGCGUGGAGACCGACCCGCAGGCCCCGGAGCAGCCUGGCCAGCUGCGGCCGGAUGACAGUCUGACCGUCAGCAGCCCCUUCGCCGCCGCCAUCGCCGGGGCCGUCCGCGACCGCGAAAAGCGGCUGGAGGCCCGGAGGAACUCCCCGGCCUUCCUGUCCACGGACCUGGGGGACGAGGACGUGGGCCUCGGGCCGCCCGCCCCCCGGGCGCGCCCCUCCAAGUUCCCCGAGGAGGGCGGCUUCGGCGAGGAGGACGGCGGGGAGCCGCUGUCGUCACCAGCGCCCCGGGAGCCCGAGAACCACUUUGUGGGUGCCGGCGAGGCCGGAGCUCAGGGCGCCGGAGGGCAGCCCCGCGGCGCCCCCCCGGANACCGCCGCCGCCGCCGCGCCCGGCAGGACCGUCGUAGCGGCGGGCUCCGUGGAGGAGGCGGUGGUCCUGCCGUUCCGCAUCCCUCCCCCGCCUCUGGCCUCCGUGGACCUGGACGAGGAUUUUAUUUUCACAGAGCCAUUGCCUCCUCCCCUGGAAUUUGCCAAUAGUUUUGAUAUCCCCGAUGACCGGGUUGCUUCUGUCCCCGCUCUCUCAGACCUGGUCAAGCAGAAAAAAAAUGACACCUCCCAGUCCCCUUCCUUGAACUCCAGCCAGCCAACCAACUCUGCAGACAGUAAGAAGCCGGCUGGUCUCUCAAACUGUCUGCCCACCUCAUUCCUGCCGCCCCCUGAAAGCUUUGAUGCCGUCACGGACUCCGGGAUCGAGGAGGUGGACAGCCGGAGCAGCAGCGACCACCACCUCGAGACGACCAGCACCAUUUCCACGGUGUCCAGCAUCUCCACCCUGUCCUCCGAGGGCGGGGAGAAUGCGGACACCUGUACAGUCUAUGCAGACGGGCAAGCCUUUAUGGUUGACAAACCCCCAGUACCUCCCAAGCCAAAAAUGAAGCCCAUAAUCAACAAAGGCAACACCCUCUACCACGACGCGCUGCUGGAGGAGGACGUGGACAGCUUCGUGAUCCCCCCACCUGCACCUCCGCCGCCGCCUGGCGGGGCCCAGCCUGGCUCCACAAAGGUCAUCCAGCCAAGGACCUCCAGGUUGUGGGGGGACGUCUCGGAGGUCAAAAGUCCGAUUCUCUCAGGCCCAAAGGCGAACGUGAUUAGUGAGUUAAACUCAAUCCUGCAGCAAAUGAACCGAGAGAAAUCGGCAAAGCCAGGGGAAGGACUGGACCCGACACCGGGAACCAAGCCCGCCGGCCUCACCCCCAGAGGCCCCGAGGUCAUGAGCACCGUCUCAGGAACGCGGAGCACGACAGUCACCUUCACCGUUCGCCCUGGGACCUCCCAGCCCAUCACCCUGCAGAGCCGGCCCCCGGACUACGAGAGCAGGAACUCAGGACCCAGACGCGCCCCCAGCCCUGUGGUCUCGCCAACAGAGCUGAGCAAAGAGGUCCUGCCCACCCCCCUGCCCGCCGCCACUGCGGCCCCCUCACCCACCCUCUCGGAUGUCUUCAGCCUUCCGAGCCAGCCCCCGCCCGGGGACCUGUUUGGCUUGAACCCAGCGGGACGCAGCAGGUCGCCGUCCCCCUCCAUCCUGCAACAGCCAAUCUCCAAUAAGCCUUUUACAACUAAGCCUGUCCACCUGUGGACUAAACCCGAUGUGGCAGACUGGCUGGAAAGUCUAAACCUGGGUGAACAUAAAGAGGCCUUCAUGGACAAUGAGAUCGAUGGCAGCCACCUCCCAAACCUCCAGAAAGAAGACCUCAUAGAUCUGGGCGUGACUCGAGUCGGGCACAGAAUGAACAUAGAAAGGGCUCUCAAACAGCUGCUGGACAGAUAAGGGUGGCUGCUCCUUUCCGCCACAGACUCCUUGUUAUAAAUAGAGAUGGGCUUGCACUGAGAUGUUUGGAUGGUGAGCGCCAACCCCGUUCCGUGGGCUGGUCUCCUGGGGACCCAGAGAAGCGUGUGUGUCCGUGGCGUGGCUGAGCCGAGGCCUUCCAGCCCCGGCUUUCUGUGUGGGCUCCUUUGGGCUGUUUCUGUCAAAGAGGGGACCGGGGAGGGGUCCUUCCGAGGUGGCGAGGGACGCGUG